AUGGUGAUGGCUCAGGUAGGUGUCAGAACUCGAGCUCGAGCCGCAUUAGCCAUGGAAGUCACAAGUUCACCUCCACCAACUUCAAAGAGAAGAAAGAUCAACAACAGAACCGAAAACCGUAAAUUCUCAACCGUCAAGGAAAAUUCCUUCGAUGAAGAAUCUCCGGCGUCGUGUUGUUCAAGCAACGGAUCCGUUGGACUCGAUGAACAAAGGAUCAAAUCGUUAGAUCUGGAGGUGGAGAGCGCGCAAGGUGAAACAUCAACGUGCAAUUGCGAUGAAGAAAUUGAGAGGAGAGAGAUGAGUCGUUCAAGCGAGUUUCGAGGAAAUUCUCAUGAGCUUGAGUUAAUGGAGACCGAUUCUCACCGUCCGAUUUCAUCUGCAAAAAAUACGCCAACGGAAUUUGAGCUUGAAGAAUUUUUCGCUGCUGCUGAGAAAGACAUUCAGAAAAAGUUUCAAGAAAAGUAUAAUUAUGAUAUUCUGAAGGACCUUCCAUUGGAAGGACGCUACGAGUGGGUUCAGUUGAAGCCAUGA